AUGGCAAGACCACCAGACAAGUACCAAAAGCUCGACACGAUUGGCAAGGGAUCCUGUGGAGUAGUUUCUCGAUACCGGUGCGUGCAGACUGGAAACAUUGUUGCGAUCAAGAAGGUAAGAUUUUCCUACUUGAAUGAUGGAGGGGAAGAACCAGCUGAUCCCGCUCUACAAGAACAGCGGAUGUGUAUGUUUGGUGCAAGUUCCCAGGCGUUGCGGGAAGUUUCUCUCUUGAGGCAACUAGGUGAUCAUCCCGCCAUUGUACCUCUUUUGGAUGUUUUUACUGAGCGUGGGUUGGUCUACAUGGUAUUCACGCAAAUGGAUCGCGAUCUGGGCAAUCAUCUGCAAGAGGUUGGGAGGUUACCUCUUUCAAGUCUGAGACGAUAUGCAUUUCAACUGUUGAGUGGCCUGGCACACUGCCAUUCACGGUGCAUAUCACAUCGGGAUGUUAAGCCUCAAAACAUCUUGAUCAAACUCAAGACAGAUGAAGUCAAGCUUUGUGAUUUCAGCUUGAGUAGACUGGAAGCUACGUAUUCACGAGAGAAGCAGACCCAACGGGUUGCAUCGCUUUGGUAUCGCAGCCCCGAGAUCUUCUUAGGCGCAGAAACAAAAGGCACGCCAGUUGAUCUUUGGUCAGCUGGCUGCGUCAUUGCAGAGAUGGCAACAUCCAAGCCAAUUUUUCCUGCGAGGUGUGAGAUUGGCAUGCUUUUUUGUCAGUUCGACUUGCUUGGAACACCCACAGAGGCCUCUUGGCCUGGGGUGACAGGAUUGCCCUACUGGUCCGAGAAAUUUCCAAACUGCUCAGGACAGGACCUGUCAAUGGUACUGAUCUUAGACACAGUUACAUUGAACUUGCUGGCAGGCAUGCUUUGUUGCAAUCCUUCGCACCGACAUGCUGCAGGGGUCUUGCUUGGCCAUCCGUGCUUUCUUGCUCUUGACAAAACGCCACCACCAAGCAGCAUGGCUCAUGAAAGAGCGGCCAAAGAUGUACAAGACAUCCAAGAUGUGCAAGAUGUGCGAGUGAAGUUGCCAAAUCUCAGGAUGCAGGACAGCACGACGGGUACUGGGAUGGGCCAGAUGGGUACUCAAGUGGGUGCUCAAUUGCAAGUUGACGAGAGUCCAAGAAGGUCGCAUCGGUCACCAUCUGUACAAGAGGAGCUAUCCUUCAGUCGAUUCUUUGGUCAAAAUGACCCGAGCCAGACCCAAAAGCGUCUCAAAGCACAGACAAGCGUUGAAAGAGGUGUGCAGAAUCACUCUGGGCUCCUUGCUGAAGAGUGGAAUCACAACACUCAGGCGCGUUCUGUGCUAUGGUAA